AGAGAGGUGUCAGGAAGACGGAGGACCCGCGGCAGCUGCAGCAGGAAGGGAGCGUGGCGGUGGCUUACAGGUGCGCUCUUCCCAGGGGGAGUUCUAGACAGAGCGGGAGGCUGUUUGCCAGGUGGCCCCGGCCGGCACCAUCGCCCUCUGAGCCCACUGACCCCCAGCACUGAACGGUUUUUCAUAAGAUGGGAACUCUGAUCACACUUAUUGGAAUCUGGAUGAGCUGCUCCCUAGUGAAAGCAGAUUCAAAAGCAGUGACAACAUCCUUGACUACGAAGUGGUUUUCCACACCAUUAUUACUUGAAGCAAGUGAAUUUUUAGCAGAAGAAAGUCAAGAGAAAUUUUGGAAUUUUGUUGACGCCUGUCAAGACUUUGAAUCAUCUAAUCAUUAUGGUACUGAUUAUUCCUCUUACCAAGCAAUGCUGCAAGCAGCUUACUGGAAUCUUUCACCCUUGCAGCAAAAUUUGUUGAAAUUUGCUUUGUCUUUACGUUCCUAUUCGGCCACAGUCCAAGCAUUUCAGCAGAUAGCAGCUGAUGAGCCUCCACCAGAAGGGUGUAACGCAUUCUUUGUUGUCCAUGGAGAGAAGACUUGUGAAUAUGACAAACUUGGAAUGCUUUUACAAACAGCUUCAGAAAGGCCAAAGCCUUUUAUGUUCAAAGGUGACCACAAAUACCCAAUUUCAAACCUUGAAAGUCCUGUUGUAAUAAUGUAUGCUGAGAUUGGCUCUGAGGAGUUGUCUAGAUACCACAAGCUACUUGUAUCAAAAGCCAAUACAGGAGAAAUCACCUACAUCCUUAGGCACUACAUUGCUAAUCCAAGCAAGGAAAAAGUCUACCUGUCAGGCUAUGGAGUGGAACUGGCCAUUAAAAGUACAGAAUAUAAGGCCAAGGAUGAUGCCCAGGUGAAAGGUACAGAAACGAAUGCAACGGUAAUAGGUGAAAAUGACCCCAUUGAUGAAGUACAAGGAUUUCUGUUUGGGAGACUAAGGCAGCUGCAUCCUGACUUGAAAGAAGAAUUGAAAGAAUUAAGAAAACAUCUUGUUGAAAGUACCAAUGAAAUGGCACCAUUGAAAGUGUGGCAAUUACAAGAUCUAAGUUUUCAAACUGCUGCCCGCAUUCUGACUACUCCCACUGUGUAUGCAUUGAUGGUCAUGAAAGAUCUAAGUCAGAAUUUUCCUACAAAGGCUAGAGGAAUAAUGAAGACAGUUGUUUCUUCAGAACUCAGAUCUGAAGUUGAAGAGAACCAAAAGUACUUCAAGGGAACAUUGGGAUUACAGUCUGGAGAUUCUGCUCUAUUUAUCAAUGGACUCCACAUAGAUCUGGACACACAAGACAUAUUUAGCUUGUUUGAUGUGCUGCGGAAUGAAGCUCGUGUUAUGGAAGGACUGCACAGUCUAGGAAUUGUUGGCCUUUCCAUGCACAAUGUGUUAAAGCUGAACAUCCAGCCAUCUGACUCUGACUAUGCUGUAGAUAUCAGAAGUCCUGCUAUUUCAUGGAUCAAUAAUCUUGAAAUUGACAGCAGAUACAAUUCUUGGCCUUCCAGUAUUCAGGAGCUACUGCGCCCUACCUUUCCUGGUGUAAUCAGACAAAUAAGAAAAAACUUUCAUAAUUAUGUCCUCAUAUUUGAUCCAUCCCAUGAGAGCACAGCAGAAUUGCUUAGUGUGGCUGAAGUGUUCCUUAGUAACCACAUACCGCUGAGGAUUGGUUUAGUGUUUGUAGUUAAUGACUCUGAAGAUGUUGAUGGUUUACAAGAUGCUGGGGUCGCCCUUCUUCGAGCAUACAACUAUGUUGCACAAGAAGUAGAUAACAAUUUUGCCUUCCAGAUACUUAUAUCUAUAUAUAGCAAAGUAAAUGCAGGGGGAAAACUGACAGUAGAACAUGUGGUUAGUGUUCUUGAGAAACAGUAUCCUUAUGUAGAAGUAAACAGCAUCCUAGGAGUCGAUUCUGCCUAUGAUCAAAAUAGGAAGGAAGGACAUGGUUACUACGAGCAGACAGGUGUGGGCCCCUUACCUAUUGUACUUUUUAAUGGGAUGCCCUUUCAAAAAGAGCAGCUGGAUCCUGAUGAACUGGAAACUGUGACAAUGCAUAAAAUCUUGGAAACCACCAGUUUCUUCCAAAGGGCUGUAUACUUGGGUGAACUGUCAAAUGAUCAAGAUGUGGUAGAAUAUAUAAUGAGCCAGCCUAAUGUUGUUCCAAGAAUCAACUCUCGGAUUUUGAUGUCUGACAGAGAGUACCUAGAUCUAACUGCAACUAAUAAUUUCUAUGUGGAUGAUUUUGCUAGAUUUACAUUCAUGGAUUCCAGAGACAAGACAGCUGCUAUUGCCAACAGCAUGACUUACUUGACAAAGAAAGGAAUGUCUUCCAAGGAAAUCUAUGAUGAUGCUUUUGUUAGACCAGUGACCUUUUGGAUUGUUGGAGACUUUGACAAACCAUCUGGAAGGCAACUGCUAUAUGAUGCAAUCAGACACCAGAAAUCCAGCAACCAUGUCCGGAUUGGUAUGAUUAGCAACCCCAGUGAAGAACCAGACAGCAAGAACACAAUCAUUGCCAGAGCCAUAUGGGCGGCCUUGCAGACACAGACAUCGAACAAUGCCAAAAACUUCAUCACAAAAUUGGCUAAGGAGGAAAAUGCAAAAGCUCUGGAGGCUGGAGCUGAUAUUGUAGAAUUUGCUGUUGGAGGUAUGGAUAUCAAUUCUUUUAAGGCUGCCUUUGAAUCUCCUAAAGUGGAUUUUAUUCUUUCACAUACCAUGUACUCAAGGGAUGUUCUUAAACUGAAGAAAGGUCAGAGGGCAGUGAUCAGCAAUGGAAGGAUUAUUGGUCCAUUGGAAGAUGGUGAGCUUUUUAACCAGGAUGAUUUCCACUUGCUAGAGAAUAUUAUAUUAAAGACAUCUGGGCAGAAAAUAAAAACUCAUAUUCAGCAGCUGGGAGUAGAGGAAGAUCUAGCCAGUGAUCUUGUAAUGAAGGUGGAUGCUCUUCUGUCUGCUCAGCCAAAAGGAGAGGCAAGAAUAGAAUACUACUUUUUUGAAGACAAAUACAGUGCAAUUAAGUUAAGACCAAAGGAGGGAGAGACAUAUUUUGAUGUUCUGGCUAUUGUUGACCCUGCUACCAGAGAUGCACAAAGACUCGCUCCAUUACUUAUGGUGUUGAAUAAACUAAUAAACAUGAACCUUAGAGUUUUUAUGAAUUGCCAGUCCAAACUCUCUGACAUGCCUUUGAAAAGUUUCUAUCGCUAUGUUUUGGAGCCAGAGCCCACUUUCACAGAUGACAAACUACUUGUUCCUGGCCCAGUUGCCAAAUUCUUGGAUAUGCCUCAGUCUCCCUUGUUUACUCUGAAUCUAAACACUCCUGAAAGUUGGAUGGUGGAGUCUGUAAGAACAUCAUAUGAUCUUGACAAUAUCUAUUUAGAGGAGGUGGAGAGUGUUGUGGCAGCUGAGUAUGAAUUGGAGCACCUCCUUUUGGAAGGGCACUGCUAUGAUAUCACCACAGGGCAGCCCCCCCGAGGACUUCAGUUCACGCUAGGAACAUCAACAAACCCCGUUGUUGUUGACACCAUUGUAAUGGCCAACUUAGGCUACUUCCAAUUAAAAGCCAAUCCUGGUGCCUGGUUUCUGAGACUCAGAAAGGGGAGGUCUGAAGAUAUCUACAGGAUCUAUAGCCAUGAUGGUACAGAUUCUCCUCCAGAUGCCAGUGACAUUAUUGUUGUUAUCAACAAUUUCAAGAGCAAAAUUAUUAAAGUGAAGGUUCAGAAAAAACUCGAUAUGCUAAAUGAAGACUUGCUAAGUGAUGGAACUAAUGAGAAUGAGUCUGGAUUUUGGGAGUCUCUUAAAUGGGGAUUUACAGGUGGACAGAAGAAAGAAGAAGUGAAACAAGAUAAAGAUGAUGUGAUCAACAUAUUUUCAGUGGCAUCAGGACAUCUAUAUGAAAGAUUCCUUCGCAUCAUGAUGUUAUCUGUGCUAAAAAACACACAGACGCCCGUGAAGUUCUGGUUCUUGAAGAACUAUUUGUCACCUACAUUUAAGGAGUUCAUCCCGUAUAUGGCUGCUGAAUACAAUUUCCAGUAUGAACUAGUCCAAUAUAAAUGGCCACGAUGGCUUCACCAGCAAACGGAGAAGCAGCGUAUCAUCUGGGGUUACAAAAUCCUCUUUCUGGAUGUGCUUUUCCCCCUUGCUGUGGAUAAAUUCCUGUUUGUAGAUGCUGACCAGAUUGUGCGGACAGACCUCAAGGAGCUAAGAGAUUUCAACUUGGACGGGGCACCUUAUGGAUAUACGCCGUUCUGUGAAAGCCGAAGAGAGAUGGAUGGCUAUAGAUUCUGGAAAUCAGGAUACUGGGCGAGUCAUUUGGCUGGAAGAAAAUACCACAUCAGUGCUCUCUAUGUUGUGGAUCUGAAGAAGUUCAGGAAGAUAGCUGCAGGAGACCGGCUCAGAGGGCAAUACCAAGGACUUAGCCAGGAUCCCAACAGUCUCUCCAAUCUUGAUCAGGACUUACCCAACAACAUGAUCCAUCAAGUACCCAUUAAAUCGCUCCCACAAGAAUGGCUUUGGUGUGAAACAUGGUGUGAUGAUGCUUCAAAGAAGAGAGCAAAAACCAUUGAUUUGUGCAACAACCCCAUGACCAAAGAGCCGAAACUUCAGGCAGCUAUGAGGAUUGUCCCUGAGUGGCAGGACUAUGAUCAAGAAAUUAAGCAGCUGUUCAAUCGUUUCCAUCAAGCGAAAGCAUCAGGAACACUUUUUACAACAAAUGAAACAAAACAACAAAAUCAAGAAGAUACGGCAGCACAUACGGAAUUAUGAUCCAUAGUAACAAACCAAGUGAGACUAUUUCAUAGACAAUUUUUCUAUCAAAUGCUAGUUUUUUUUCUAGUAUACUUGCAAAACUCCUGAGUAAACUAAGGCAGGGGGUGAUGUAUAUUGCGAUUGAGUUGAUAUCUGCAAAUGGAAUAGGAUCUGGAUGAUUGGAACGAGUGUAACUGGUUUUAUUUGCACCUGCAAGAGAUGGAAGAGCCCACAGAAGAAUGCAGAAUUUUGCUAACAAUUGAAGUACACUGAAAAGUUUCUUCAUCUAGCUUUUGGCAGAGUACACAAGUGGUCAUCAAGAUUCUGAUCAUUGCCUCUAUCUUUCUCAAGAGCCCAGGGCGCUACUCGGAGAGUGGGCAAAACUCUGAGAGUAUUACUUAGGCAUUUUUGUCUCAUUUUCAGGGUUUGAGGCAGAGCCAACUUUUUCAGGUUUAAACAGGGCUUGGUUUCAUGCCUUGGACUGACUGACACAGUUGCAGAUGUCAAAUGGAUUCUUUAUUUUUUAAUGACACCCUUGAUUCUGGUAUAAGAACUGAAAUUCUUUUAUUUAAAAUGAGACAUUGUGAAUAUCAGAAGUGUUAACUCAUUGUAAAACAAAAUGUCAGAGCAAGUCAGCAGACUUCAGAAAUAUACAUUUGCAAAUAAAUGUAUAUUUUAAUGAAGCAAACCGUGUGUGGCACCCAACUUUUUUUUUUUUUAAAGAGAAUAUCUUCCCUCAAAGUUAUUGAAGAUUGCAAAAUUAUUAGGGCAUUAUGACUUUUGUGAUUUUUGUCUUUUCAUGAAUGUACUUGGUUUAUGCAAAUCUGUGGAAACUUUUUGAAUAUGUAAAUUUCAUAAGUUUAUUUUUCUCAAAGAUAAGUGUGAUGUCAGGUCAAUAAAGCCUUAGCGUUCCUAGA